AUGACGAUGGAUGAGUCUACUCUGCACCAAAUGGUCACAAAUAUGAUCGUUGAAUUUAGUGAUGAAGCCCUUGUUGGAGACAAAUACGCCUGGGGUCAACGAUACGGCGGUCCAAAAAUAAACAAGUUGGUCGGAGAAUUCAAGGAGGAGCUAUCUAAGAAACGUGAAGUGGAACAUGUUAUACCGAUACGAAUGACUCAAAACACGGUGUUUGAUUAUUACCCAAAAGAGCGGACAAUCAUCACUAUGGAGGAAACCAUUAUCACGCACAGAGACGGUGGAAGUAAAUUAUAUGAAAAAGGUUCUCCUGUCAAUCUACCUGCCAAGCCACCUAAAAUAUCGGCUCCUAAUGGAAAGAAGUUUGUGAACAUGGUGCUUGUAGUGUGGAAGUGA